UUUUUUAAAACUGGUUGUUUAAGCUUCAACUCGAUCAUGAUUAGAAUCAGAAAAAGAAAAAACCCCAUUACUUAUGAUGUUGCUGAGGUUCCUGUUCUCAGUACCAAGAGGCCAAUGCUCAAUGCACAGACAGAUCUGUACAGAUCCAAUGAGAAAUUAAGAAGUUUAAUGAAUGAAGAAAAGUAUGAACAAGCAAAAAAAUUGUUCAUCGAAUUAGUUAAAAGUAAUAGAUUCCAUUUCCAACAUUUGUGGAAGAUUGGAGUUGAGAUCAUUGGCAAAACCUCUCCAAAGGACCUGACAGGUUACCUCAAAGCAGUCUUCAUUAGUUCACCCGUCAAACAUUCUGCCGAAACUUUUAACGUGUACAUCGACUACUUGAUUGCAGAAAACAGUUGGGAACUAGCUUUAGAUGAAAUACAACCUCGUUACGAUACGCCCAUAUUCCACCAUCCUAUCUUGUUGCGAAAAAUGGCUAUUUGUUGCUACAACUUGUGGAAAUCCGCUAGAAACAACUUGCCGGAGGAAUACUUGGAGGAUGGUGAACGCAACGAAAACGAUUUGAGAAUUAUACGCUACGAGAAGCAUUUAAGAUUCGCUGCUAGAUAUUUGAGUGAAGCUCAUAAAACAUAUUCAGGUGAUCCAGAACUCUUAUUAAUUUAUUAUGAUGUAGGUUUAGAAAUAUCAACAAGGAAAUUGACUAAUUGUUGUCAUAGUAUCUAACCCUGUUGGAAGAAGAGGAUACAAUAAAAGAUGUUAUUUUGACGUCAUUAAAGGAAAGCGAGGCACGCCCUGAGAGUCACAUCUUAACCACUUUACUUAAAUUGAACGCUGGUAAAGAUUACUUUGAAAGUAGUGAUUAUAUUUUACAAUUAUUUGAACUGGACCCAUUUAUGGACGCUGAAUUGGGACUUGUAUCUUUUUGUAAAGAAGCAUGUUCAGAAAUAAGUAAGACGAUAUUGACAGUUGCAU